AUGUAUCAAGAAAAUGAAAGCAUGCAACUGGAAGACGGCCGUACUCUUUCAUACGCGAUAUAUGGCAGUCCCAUGCCGCGGCAGACAAUCGUCUACCUCCACGGCUUCCCCUCGUCACGGUACGAAGGCAAGCUAUGGCACUCGAGCUGCGCGACCCGCAACGUCCGCCUCAUUGCGCCCGACCGACCAGGCAGCGGGCUCUCCGGUUUCCAAGUCAAGCGCCGCAUUCUCGACUUCCCCAGCGACGUGCUGGCGCUGACGGAGCAUCUCAAAAUCCACCAAUUCUACAUCCUCGGCCUAUCCGGAGGCGCGCCCUACGUGCUGGCGUGCGUGAAGAAGAUUGCCAAGGACCGUCUUCUGGGUGCGACUGUGGUCAGCGGACUGUACCCAGCUGAAUUCGGCAGCGCGCGCACAAUGUUGUCAUCGCGCAUCAUCCUGUGGGUUGCGCCGUGGACGCCGGGCUUGACGGCGACAUUACUAGAUAGCAUGAUGGGCAAAGCAAGUCGUGAUAACGACCCCAAACUUCUCGAAGCAAUCAUGUCGCGGGAAAUUGACGAUGGACACCCUGGCGACCAGAAGGUUAUAAAGGGCCCACAGAAUUGGCCCACUUUUGUAGCCAUGACCAGGGAAUCAUUCCAACAGGGCAGCGAAGGCGCGAGCUGGGAGGCCAAACUGCAUGGUAGCGACUGGGGCUUUAGUCUUGCGCAGUUGAGCGUUGGGGAUCAGGGUGUUCCACUUACGUUGUGGCAUGGCUUGGAUGAUAGGAAUUGUCCGGCGACCAUGGCGCAACAGGCCAAAGACUUUAUGCCAGGAAGUGUGCUGCGCUUGAAGGAAGGAGAGGGCCAUGUAAGCUUCAUUUUCCGCGAUGCUCAGGAAAUUCUGGAUGAUUUGCUUGGUCAAGCAGAAAUUGAAGAGUACAUUAUACCUGCUAUUUUGUAG